AUGGCCUUAAGUGCUGGUAGUGCCGUGGUAGACUCGGCAGCGGGUGUGGAGCUAGCCAGGUUUCUGGGUAACAUCGGCACGGCCAUAGCUGCUACUACAGGCCUCAGCUUGAGCUCAGUGACCGGCGAAGGUGCCGUGGGGGCCCAGCAAACAGGGGAAAGCGGGAGUGAAAAUGCGGACAGAUGGUUUGAGGAGAAGGCCUCUAUGAAUGCGAAUAUCUUGACCUGUCUGACGAACGUGCACAGUGCACUGAGCAGUCUGCUUAAGUGCGAUCUGGAACAAGGGAGGGCGUACGUGCUGCUUGCCAGGAGCUUCCAGAAUAGCGCUUUACAAGAAGUCGAUGUGAGGCUGACGAAGAAGAUUAACCUCAUCUCUCAGAUCCAUGAAGGACUACGGGCUAAUUACCAGGAGAGGCACGUCAGUACACUAAGCGUCACUGCACUGUGUACACAUGCCGUCAUUGCCAAAAGGUCUCUCAAUGUCACAGCAUUUGAGAUACCUACCAGAUAUUACGGCGUAGUCAUGAUGCCCAUGAAGACCCAAGAUUAUCUGUAAUAAAAUAUUUUAGUUAGUAUUAGUAGAAACUCUAAAAACUUUAAAACAGAUUGUUGUAGUCCAUGAAUGGCACGACAGAAGUGUGUUCAGAAGGGUGUACCUGGACUCUAGGUAACGCCGAUUACUUAGAACAUCAUAGUAAUAAAAACGGGAGAAAUACGGA